UUGUUUCAGAACUAUUUUAAAUCACAUGAUGAACUGGACCUUCGGACUAAAAUCCUUUCGUUGUGUAGUGACGUUCUUGGAGGCGGCGGACUGACAAACCUUGUCUAUUUGGUGAGCCGAUCAAAAUUCUCAUCAUCGGACGAUCAGCCGUCGACUGUACUACUGCGAAUCCAGUCACAAACCGAUCACGAGAAACUGCUCAAUGAACUUGUCGUGUUCACUUCUUUAGCAGAAAGUGGUCUCGGUCCAAAGCUACUAGGGAUUUUUCCUGGUGGACGAUUUGAAGAAUACAUUCCUAGUCGACCUGUGGAUCAUCACGAAGUGGCGGAUCCCAGAGUAUGUACGCUGCUGGCCCGGCUCCUGCCACGUUUCCAUUCCACAGCAGUGCCGAUAUCGAAGAGGCCAAGUUUGGUGCACAUGAUGCGGGAAUGGUUAGCGCUUUAUGAAGACCAAGGCAAUUCACAUAUUCAGAUGCGCACGACAUCCUUUCAACUACCUCCUGAUACG